AUGGAAACGACCAAGAUGCAGCAGCCCUCGCAAGCGGCACAUCCAAUGCUGAUCAACAUCCCACAACCGCCGCCAUCCAACCCCGAUACGCCCUCUGAUAUGCCUGGCACGCCAACGAGUACUACAACCUCCCUUUCUACGCUUUCCACAACGGCCAUCAAAGACGGCCACCGCGGCCACGCCCAGCAUAACGGACCCCAUCGCGGACACCAAUCCCAGGCCUCAACAAACAGUCUUGAGGCUGAGCGUGCCGACCGCAUCUCGCGCCUCGCUGGGCUCUCUAACCUCACUGCUCUGCGUGGCGGCCCGAAUCCAAACGCCCAAACAACACCCACCUCCGGCAACUUUGGGCAGAACGCACCGACUGCGCCUGCAUAUUUCGACGCCAACGGCCAGCCGGUUGCCUCGACUAAGAUGAGCACCGUCGGCACGGCCUCAGCAACAUCGAGCGGAGACGGACGUACCCUUGACGGAGGCGACCGGGAAAUGAUGGACGAUGUGGAAGACGAGGAUAUGCGUAGCAUGGAUACCAACUUCCGCACAAACGACUCGGUCAGCGUCGGGGGCGGCAUAAGCAGCAUUGGUGGGGGUGGGUCGCGCAGCGCCAUUGGCGGCGGGGGAGCCAGGAGCGAGGCGCUCGACCCGAUGGAUGAAGAUCUCGCGACUCGCUCUGUUGGCGGCUUCGACGACCGAAUGAGCGAUGACGGCAACGCGAGUUUGGUCGGCUUUGGCGAGGGCGCCGGCAGCACAGUCAGUGGACCCAUCUACCAGCGCAGGCCGGUGCCAGGCACCAGUUCGGCGGGCGCUAUGGCGUUUGCGCGAUGGCAGCUUGAGCGCAGCAGUUCAGGCAUCAGCGAUACCAGCGCCGCCGGUGGCGUGGCUGCUUCAACCACCGCGACUGCGGGAUCUGGGUCCACGUCAACCGCCCCUGCCGCCAGGAGGGACACUGUCAGACAGGUCGCUCUACCGGAUGCCGGUGUUAGCGACAUGCCCCUUGCUGCGUCGGCUGCUCAGGAGCGGCAAGAUGCAAGAAUGGUCGGUGGAGUUGCUACAGACGGAGCUGCAAAAACGGGCGUUGCUCCUGGUGACGAUGACGUUUUCGUCGACACUUCCACACGCAGUCCUUUGCCUAUCUCGCAGUCGCAGCAGCAUGGUGACCUAUCACAUCGCCAGCAGACUCUGCAGCAAACACAUCAACCGACGUCACCCACGUCGCGAGAAGCUGCCGAGCGCAUAUUCCAACGGUUAAACGAAGAAGAUUCGCGAGUUGGAGGCAGCGGACCAGUUUUGGAGUCCGCUGGAACCUCUGGCGAUCGUUUGGGCCAGUUCUAUUUCGAGAAAUAA